AAGACUCACCAACUUGACACACCAAUAACCAAUUACAGAAAUAACACAUACAAAUAUUGAUCAAACAUCAACAAUCUUAAAAUUGUUGAUCGUUGAGUAAUACAUACAUACGUAUAGAACCAUCUGCCUUCUUGGCUACCAGUCAUUUCCAAUGGCCAAUGGCUGAAUUAAUUUCACCAUGCGCAUCUCACUGCAAAAAGUAAUAGCUCCCACAUUUCGUGGGCUACAAACGAAAGCGAAAGCCUCAACCUCAGCCUCAGCUUUAGCCUAUACCUCCUCUAAUCCGAGACCACGGCUCUGUUUCCACCAAAGUAUCCUCUUAUCCUUUCCCUGGAACCGGAACUGGUUUACCUCUAGCCAACGAUUGUCAGCCGAAGACAGGAGCGAUAGACCCACGCCUUCCGAAAAUGUCGUCACCCAGUCAGAGAGUAAAGCAUCAGGCUCGAACUCAAGCUCUAAUUCCAACUCCAAUUCCAACUCGUCUAAACGAAAGCCUGUUCGAACUUCGGCUGCCAAGACUCUGCGCCUGGGUCUCACUACUAAACAACCAAAACGCAUUACCAGUAUAAAGAAAGAGGUUAAAGAUAGUACUUCUGACACCGAUUAUCGUCGAACUAUCUCCUCCAUAUGUGUUGCUCAGUCUUUCGACAUGGAAGCCGUACAAGAUAUCUUGCGCUUCCAUGCUUUCGAACUAGACCCAGAUCACACCGAGUUCGACCCAACAGGUGUGGUGCAUGCGAGGGGUAUCAACGACGGCGAUAUCUUUGUCUUUCCAUCCGGGACCGUAGUGGCUUGGUCUGUGCCUGCCGAUGCACUCAUGACUCUUGCGACCAAGCAACUGAUUCGAGCUGCCGAGCUUCCUCAUGUGAAUCGCCUAGAGAUGGAAGAACUAGAGUUCUUGCCCGAUGAGACUCGCGACACCAGUUACAUGAGAGGAGAGGUUGUCGUGCUAGGCACACGAGCACAGGAGCUAGAGAACGACAGGUUGGACACGACGCUCGCUAAAAUCGCCUUCUCGAGUGGGCUAGCCAGGAGUCCGAAAUUGGCAGUCCUAGAGAACCAGGCAAUUGACUAUUUCGAAAAUUCAAAAAACAGCCUUAAUUUCCUAGAAGGGGGAUUGGAGCAUAAGCUGAAGCGUAGCUCCGUUCUCAAGAUGACGGGCCAGCUCUUAAGCCUAAGAUCACAGCUCAACCACUAUUCCGAUAUUACCGACCAGCUCCCCGACAUGUUCUGGGACUCGGAGUCAAACCUGGAGAACUAUUACAGCCAGAUUAGCACUGUUCUAGAUAUACGGCAGCGGAUUGGUAUUCUGAACAGAAAGAUUGACUAUGCGUUUGAGAAUGUAAGUGUGUUACGAGAGAUGGUCAGUGAAAAGUACGGCCAUCGGUUGGAGUGGAUCAUCAUAUACCUCAUCGCUGUGGAGGUCAUGUUCGAGCUGAGAAGGGUGUAUCGUGAGUACAUAAGUGAGAAUACCCCAGAAGGGGUGCAGCCUCACGUCUCUUGAUAUAUCCUUAUGAAAUAGGUCUACUCACCUACCUACCUACCUACCUAUUUAGUAGGUAUAUAUUGAAAACCGAUAUUUCCUCGAUCCACGAUCCAGUCCCCCCUCUGUAUUAUUUUUCUAUGCUUUCAAUCAUCGUCAUUAUCAGACGAUUCUGGAAAGGACAUAUGCUCCAGCCCAAAAUGUAGGGUAACCCUUUAUUAUCAAAAGAUGGCUACUUGUUACGUCUCGGUGGACUAGAUGCUCACACUUAGUAGUAGGUAUCCUUCAAGUUCGUUGCAGGGCUGUUGGUUGGGCGGGCGAGUAGUUACCUAUGUUAGUACCUGAGGUCAUUCCUUAUAAUUCAGGGUCAUAAGGCAACCAGACAUCAAUCGUUAUCGUAACCGUCGCCGUCUGAUUCUAGUUAAACUUGACAGCUGUUGACCUUUAGUAUAAAUUCCUUCACUACUGGAUCUGUACGCACCUUCUUCAGCUUCCACAGUAUCUUUCUUGUCGCAUACAUUUCACUCGCAUCUCUCUCUAACCUUCUCAAUUUCACUUCCAAUCACUCAUUAAAUAUCACACAAAAAAAAUAUUUUCUUUGCCUAAGGUAUGUUAAA